AUGCGUUUCUUCUCCCGCAAACACCAGCAACCUGAAGCCGACAACAACCACAAUGACGAACUACCUCCCACCGAGACCAAAGGCGACUUGAACAAGAUCGCCGCCGAAAAUGAUCUCGCUGCUUCGGCCAACCAAGCCGCAGGCACGGCCUGGUUGGCGGGCCAUUUGAAUCAUUUGACGCCCGAGCAGGAACAAAAACUGCUUGAGUUCAAGGCGCUGGUUGAAGAGAAGGGUUAUUAUAAGCCUAAGAAGGAGGGGACAGACGUUCCUAGUCAUAGCGAUGCUACUUUGCUGCGGUUUUUGCGCGCGCGCAAGUUCGAUGUCCAAGGCGCCUAUAAGCAGUUUUCAGAGACGGAAGAUUGGCGCAAGGAGAAUAAUAUUGAUUCCUUAUACGAGAAUAUCCGACUAGAGUCCUAUGAGCGGACACGACAGAUGUACCCCCAAUGGACCGGUCGUCGAGACCGCCGCGGUAUCCCCGUCUAUCUCUUCGAAGUCAAACACCUCACCAACAAGAACGUAUCCCAAUUCUCGCAAGAAGUCAGCGAACAAGGUGCUUCUGAAACACACAAGGACUCCGCCAUCCCCGCGCGUCUUCUCUGCCUCUUCUCGCUGUACGAGAACCUGCUCCAAUUUGUGCAUCCAUUGUGCUCUGCUCUUGCGCGACCAAACCCGGAAACCCCGAUUGUCUCGUCAAAUAACAUCGUUGAUAUCAGUGGUGUGAGCUUGAUGCAGUUUUGGAAUUUGAGGAGUCACAUGCAAGAUGCUAGUGUGUUGUCUACAGCCCACUAUCCCGAGACUCUGGAUCGUAUUUUUAUCAUCGGAGCCCCCUCCUUCUUCCCAACAGUUUGGAACUGGAUAAAACGCUGGUUUGAUCCCGUCACUGUCUCAAAAAUCUUCAUCCUCUCCUCGGCCGAAGUCAAAUCCACCCUCGAGACAUUCAUGGAGCCAUCAUCCAUCCCCUCGCAAUACGGCGGAACCCUCGAUUUCAAAUGGGGCGAUUUGCCAAACAUGGAUGACGCUGCGCGCACAUUAGCGGGAGGAUUGGAAUCUCCGCCUACCACUAAAGGUGGGAAACCUGUGUUCUUGAAGGGGCCCGUAAGGUUUUUCAAUGAUCAUAUUGAGGUUUUGGGCUCGGAUCAGGGGAAGCCUAGACGGGACAGCAUUCGUGUUCCACCGACGACCGCCACUACAACAGAGGAACCCGCGGCAGCAGCGCAAGUCUCAGACGAGAAAGUAGAGCAGGUAGAACCUGCAGCGGCCCCAGUUGAGACUACAGCUCCUGCUGCUUAG